AUGAACAUGACAGCAAUAUUAAAUGAAUCAAAAGUUCAUGAAAGAAGAUCAAAGACAUUUUCUGAUUUAAAAAAAAAUUCAAAUGAAAAAGAUAUUUCAAAUGUAAAAUUUUAUUCUUUUAUUCCAGAAAAUAAUUUUAAUAAUCAAAUUUUAAACACAAAUCCAAAAGAUUCUUUAGAUAUUAGUUUUAUUCCAAAGAAAAAAAAUUAUGAAAAUCAUUUUACAAGUAUAAAUAAAACUGAUUCAAAUUUAAUUUCAUUAGAUGAAGAACAAAAAAAUAACAAAAAAGAAAAUUUUAAUGAUUUUAAGAAAAAAACUAUUGAUAAUGCAAAAACUUUAGAUACAAUUGAUGAAACAUCUGAUGAUAAACUAAGUUUAUUAAUGGAUUCAUGUAGAACAAUUGACUUAACUAAAGAUGAAGCUGAUACAAUAAUGUUAAAUUUUGUACUUAAUAAUGAAAAUACAUUAUAUAAAAAAAAGAAUAAAAACCAAAGAACUGAUGAUGAUGAUUUAAUAACAAUUGGUGAUAAAAGUGUUACAACAGGUAAUAAAAUUUUCCCAUUUAAUUCAACUUUACAAAAAUAUUGGUUUACAAUAUUUGUUAAAACUGGAUUUAUAUUAGAAAAAAUGGAAAUAAUACUUUAUGAAAAUUUUUGGUUUACAUUAUUAUAUUUAAAUUUUUGGUUUCCAAAUUUUGCUGGAUUUUUAAGGUAUGUUCAAGUUUAUUUUUAA